GUCAAGUUUUUCCUCAGAUCAGUUUUUAUAUACCCCGCGUAAUCCAACGGCCAACAAACUUGGCAUCAACAUAGCCAAUCCAUGAUAAGCAUGACCAGGAGGGGUACGGGAUGUUACCUCACUCCGCUAACUCGCGUAUCAUUGGUGUUGAGACCUUGAGGGAAUUGCCGUGAAUGUGGGGUAUCAAAGUACGACCAUACAUUCGAAGAUGGGAUGCUACUGAGAUCAUUCUUAUCGUUGUGUUUGUAAUUUUUGUUUUAUUCACUUAUUUCUUUCUCAGCGGCUUUUUAUUUAUCUCCUUGUCUGCUGCUGGCCAACGUUACCUUUGCUCAAGUGUUACAAAUUUAAAGAUUCCGGGCCUUCUGACUUUCCCGCAUCGAGGAACAUUGGAAAUACAACACCGCAAAGAUGACAGACAUCGACAAGCAUGCGAUAAAUUCUUCUGGCGAUAUUGAGAAGACAGGAGAGUUAUCUCCUCGAACGACCACCGAAAAUGGCGAUAUGAAAAUUCUCCAUGCCGAUCCAAAUGAUGGAGAUGAGGCUCUAAAAGCAUUCGAGGGUCACGAUGAACCCAUCGUGAUGACUCCAGAGAUGGAGAAAGCACUUUUAAGAAAAAUUGAUUUGAAUCUGAUGCCAGUACGAGUCAAUUGAUCUGUUAUUCCGCAUACAUCAGCUAAUCCAUUUCCCAGAUGCUGUGCGUUGUUUACGGACUCAAUUAUCUAGAUAAAACGACGCUUUCAUACGCAAGCGUCAUGGGUCUCCAAAAAUCAAUACAUCUAAAAGGCGAUAAUUAUCAGUGGCUAGGAUCCAUGUUUUACAUUGGCUACCUUUUCUGGGAAUACCCAACUAAUCGUCUCUUGCAAAGACUUCCUCUCGCAAAAUGGUCAGCUUUUAAUGUCAUUAUGUGGGGAUUGACACUUUGUUGUAUGGCUGCCGUCUCAGACUUCGCUGGUGCUGUCGCUGUCCGUUUCUUUCUGGGUAUUUUUGAAGCGGCUGUAACUCCUGGAUUCGCACUCUUCACUUCACAGUGGUACACUAGAGAAGAACAAGGUACGAGAACUGGAAUCUGGUUUUCUUUCAACGGCUUUGCUCAAAUACUCGGAGGAGGGGUCGCGUAUGGAAUCUCCGUUGGGGUUAAGAAGCAUGGAGCCGCCAUUGAAAGUUGGAAGAUUGUGUUCCUGUCAAUUGGAUUGUUGACCGCUAGUGUCGGUGUGGUCUUCCUCAUAUUCAUGCCAGAUAACCAGUUCAACGCUUGGUUUUUGACGCCCCAGGAGAGAUUGAUGGCAGUUGAGAGAAUCCGAAAAAAUCAGCAAGGAGUGGGAAACAAGCAUUUCAAGAUCCAUCAGUUCAAAGAGGCUCUGCUCGAUCCUAUGACAUGGGCAUUUGCAUUCUUCGCAUUUGUAGCAGAUAUUCCUAAUGGUAAGGUUUUUUGGGCUCUUUAGCCGAGAAGUCAACUAACAGAGUUUUCAGGUGGAAUUUCCAACUUUUUCUCUCAGCUCAUUGUGUCCUUUGGAUACACCCCGGAUCAAUCUUUGCUGUACGGAACUCCUGGUGGCGCGAUCGAAGUCGUCGCCCUUAUUGCAGCCGGAUUUCUAGGCGACAAAUACGGUAGAAGGCUUCUUAUUGGCACAUCAGGAAUGCUCAUCGCAAUGAUCGGGAUGCUUCUCAUCGUCUGUCUGCCACUCUCAGUACCACAAGGUCGCUUGGCAGGAUACUAUCUUACCCAAGCUUCACCCACUGGAUUUGUCGCUCUCUUAUCUCUCAUCGCCACCAAUGUAGCUGGCUACACCAAAAAAACCACUGUUGGAGCGCUUUAUCUCAUCGCUUACUGUCUUGGAAAUAUUAUUGGUCCCCAAACGUUUAGACCGAAAGAUGCUCCCCGUUAUGUUCCGGCUGAGAUUACUAUCAUUUGCUGCCUUGCAGUUUGCAUUCUUGAUCUAAUAUUCAUUCACUUCUAUUACGUAAGAAUGAAUAAGAAGAAUGCAGCGAGGAGACUGGCGCCCGGAUAUCGGAAGUUGGAUAAGCAGGAGUUCUUGGAUUUGACGGAUAGAGAGAAUCCUGAGUUUAUCUACACAUUGUAGUAGUCUCAUAAUUAUGUCGCCAGGACCUACGAGCAAUCAAGUCCAAAAUUUAAUAUGAAACCUUAAUGGCACGUUUGAAGAAGACAGUGGUGACUUUCCUGAAAUCUUGAAAUCUAGUAUUUUGACGACGCAAAUUGCACGUCGUAGGUGCUUUAUGUUUUGUGUUGACACCAAGCCUAGAAUUGGAUAUCGAUCCCCCUCUACGCUCUGAUCUCUGCUCCCUCAAGUUAUAUCAUGGAAUACCGUUGUG